AGAGAGAGAGAGACACACACACACACACACACAGAGAGAGAGAUAAAUGAGGGAGAUGUUAAAGAGGAUAUGAAGUGAAACUGCCUGCGCGUUAGUUGAUAUAUUUCGGCAGUGUGAGGCGCUCCGCCCGGCUGUGUGUCAUGGCUGAGACGCUGAGUCUGCCCCACAGGCUGAGUUAUGCAGUCGGACAUUUCCUAAACGAUCUGUGCGCCUCCAUGUGGUUCACCUACCUCCUGGUGUACUAUCACUCCGUCCUGGGCUUCCAGAACUCCUACGCAGGAGUCUUACUGUUAGUGGGGCAGGUAGCGGAUGGAGUGUGCACUCCUCUGAUCGGGUAUGAAUCGGACAGAACCGCAGGAUGCUGGAAUUACGGCAAGAGGAAAACCUGGCAUUUAAUAGGGACGUUCAGCGUCGUGAUCUCUUUCCCCUUCAUCUUUAAUCAGUGCAUGGGCUGUAGCGAGUACACUCCUCAGUGGGCGAGUCUCAUCUACUUCAUCCCCUUCAUCAUCAUCUUCCAGUUCGGCUGGGCCGCGACCCAGAUCUCCCACCUGUCCCUCAUUCCUGAGCUGGUGACGACCGAGUCGGCCAAGGUGGAGCUCACCGCGUACAGGUAUGCUUUCACCGUGAUCGCCAACAUCACCGUGUACGCCGUGGCGUGGCUGCUUUUCCACUUCCAGUCUAAUGAAGAUCCGUCUCUGACCGACAACCUCGGUCCCGUCGACAUCCCCAUCUUCAGAAACCUGAGUCUGAUCGUCUGGGCGAUCGGCAUGUUUUUCUCUCUGCUCUUCCACCUGGGGACGCGAGAGACGAGGCGUGGCGAGGAUGAGGACAAGGAGGAAGAAGGAGACGGAGAGCGGACGCCCCUCCUCACCCGAUCCACACUCGACUCUCCGUCCGUGGCUCUGCAGUGGAAACACUGGCUCAAAGAGCCGUCCUUCUACCAGGUCGCAGUUCUUUACAUGUGCACGAGGCUGAUAGUGAACCUGUCUCAGACCUACAUCUCCAUGUACCUCACUAACACACUGCUGCUGCCGAAGAAGUACAUUGCCACCAUCCCGUUGGUGAUGUACCUGAGUGGAUUCGUCUCCUCACUGAUCAUGAAGCCCUUCAACAAACUGAUCGGCAAAAGUAUGGUGUAUUUUGUGGGUCUGGUCCUGAUUAUGGUCUUCUCUUACUGGGCUCUGAUGGACACACACAUGGGGGACGGUGUGUAUGGAGCUGCGGUGCUGCUGGGGGCGGGGUCAGCCACCAUCCUCGUCAUGUCUCUGUCCAUGACCGCCGAUCUCAUCGCCGAUCAGACCCAAAGCGGAGCGUUUGUUUACGGAGCCAUGAGCUUCACGGACAAAGUCGCAAACGGUGUUGGAGUCAUAAUCAUCCAGACUCUGCACCCGUGCCAUACUCAGACGUGUUGUCCAGCGUGUGUGUGGUAUUAUCACUACGUCAUGGUGAUCGUUACGGGCGGAGUCGCGGUCGUCGCAGCUCUCAGUCUCUGCAGCAUUCUCAUCUGGCCAAUCAGGAUCAAGCGCCUGUCUGUGGAGCAGCAGGUAAGCGGGCCAACUAACACGCCCCCUGCUGGUCUCAGGGUGAUGCCUGGUCUGAUGCCAGACAGAGAAGAUUCAGAAACCAGCAGCGAGCCGGCACUCAUCAACUGAACGGUCCUGAAACGCACGACUGAACCCUGAACUGACCUCUGAGGCGUUCCAGUGAGCCCAAGCAUUAUAUUCAUAUUUAUCUGGUUGUUUAUGGAUAAAUAUGAUUGUGUGUGUGUGUGUGUGUGUGUGUGUGAGAGAGAGAGAGAGAGAGCAAUAGAGAGAAAGAGCAAUAGAGAGUGAGUGACAGAAAGGGAAAAUGAUAAAUUUUAAGGGAAUUCAGACACUAUUGAUUUUACAAAGGGACCAGACACACUAACCCCUUCUCCUGUUAUAGGGCGCCAUUACUUUUAUCCCAUUAGUCGUAUGUGCUUUCAUGGUUUUACAAAUUGCCUAUUAAACUGGAUUCUACCACGUCACUUAAACUCAAGGAUAAAGGACUAAGGGCUGAAGGCGAUCAAACGCAGUUACGUUUAGUGUUUCGAUAUUUUUAUAUAAUUUGGGAUGCAAAUGUUUUUUUUUUUUUUUUUUUCUUGGACUAACUGGAUUUUAAAUAACAGCACAUUUGUUAAACAAGGCUCAGUGUCUUUAGAAACUAGAGAGAGAGUUUCCUGGUUAAUCAGCUUCCUGCAUGUGCAACACUAAAGACCAACACGUCCUGAUCAUCUGUGUGUAUAUCUAUAGUAGGGGCGGCUCAGUGGUUAAGGUGUUGGACUACUGAUCAGACGGCCCCGGGUUCAAACCCCAGCAGCAUCAAGUCACCAUGUUAGACCCUCGAGCAAGGCCCUUAACCCUCAGCUGCUCAGACAGACUGUAUGAUAAGGUUCAUGCCGUAAAUGUUGAGUAUUGAAAGUUUUAUUUCUAUUCCGCUGGGAAAAUGGCUACAGAGAACAGGUAGAGUGAUUUAUUGCAUCAUGCGCAAACAUGCAUGUAAAUACAGUACACUGUAUAACACAGAGAGUCUGUCUAUUUCUAAGGAGCUUUAAAAUCAAUAUUUCAAUAUUUAUGAUUAUUCUCCUAGUCAAGCUCUGUCAUAAUUCCAUAAAGUAGUCUUCAGGAAUAACGAGGGUUGGCCAGUCCAUGACUAAUAGUGUUCCAUCAUGUGUGUUUUUUUUUUUUUGUUUUUUUUUUAUUGGCUGCAUGUAAAUAAAGUGUCUUUGUAAGACUAAAACAAUACAAGAAAGUCUGUCUCUUUGGAAGCCCAAUAUUUAAAAAAUUAGGGAUGGGGGGGGCAAGACUUUUGCACAGUACUGUACAUGUAAGCUGGUCUAUCACUUUUGUUUAAUUCGUAGCUAGGAGCACUUCCUGAUGUUGAGUUUCCGAGGAGUCUCCCUACACAGGAAGCGAAGGGAAAGGCUGUCCCUGGUUCUUGGUGCAGUUUAUCACCGUAUAGCCGUGAUGCGUCUCUAACAAUAUGUAAAUGUUUGUAAUAAUAACAUAAUAACGCACAUUUCUGUUCAAAGGGAAAGUCUGUGUAAAUGUUAAAAACUUGCACAUGGAUUUUUUUAUUUUUAUUUUGUAUUUUAUGUUGAACAGCGACACUGCUGGAUCAUGUGUUGAUUUGUUUG